CAGGGGCGGGCGGGGGCGCGCGCGCGCCGCGUGGCCGCCACCGCCUCCCGGGCGGAGCCUCCGUCCCGAGUCCCGCGGCGCGAGCCCCCGGAGCCAUGGGCGACUCCGGCAAGCAGGACAUCGCCGCCAUCUUCAAGCGGCUGCGCUCCGUCCCCACCAACAAGGUAUGUUUUGACUGUGGAGCAAAGAACCCUAGCUGGGCAAGCAUAACCUAUGGAGUUUUCCUCUGUAUUGACUGUUCAGGAACUCAUCGUUCACUUGGUGUUCACUUGAGUUUCAUCCGAUCUACAGAACUGGAUUCUAAUUGGUCUUGGUUUCAGCUGAGAUGCAUGCAAGUUGGAGGAAAUGCAAAUGCUUCUGCUUUUUUCCAUCAACAUGGAUGCACAACAAAUGAUACUAAUGCAAAGUAUAACAGUCGUGCUGCUCAGCUUUACAAGGAGAAGAUUAAAUCUCUUGCAACACAGGCGACAAGAAAGCACGGUACUGAUCUGUGGAUAGAUGGAUGUGGAAUGCCACCUAUAUCACCUCAAAACAAAGAGGAAGACUUUUUUGCAUCCCAUGUUUCUCCCAAGGCAAAGAAUACAGAGUGGGUGUUAUCAGAGCCAGAGCCAGUUUCUCUACAGCAGAAAACUUCAGAAAAUAUUCCAGAAUGCUGUGAAGGACCAGAACAUGGACCAAGUGUUGAUUGCCUUAGUACAUCACCAAAUGCUGUAUUAGAGAACACCGCCUUCAUAAAAAAGAAGCCAAAUCAAGCUAAGAAGGGGAUCAAGCUUGGUGCCAAGAAAGGUGGUUUGGGGGCACAAAAAGUGAGCAGUCAAAGCUUUAAUGAGAUUGAAAAACAAGCACAAGCUGUAGAUAAAAUGAAGGAACAAGAGGAUCUUCAUAGUGGAAGGAAAACUGAGAAGGAGGAGCCACUCGUAUCAUCUUUACGGUUGGCCUACAGAGAUCUUGAUAUUAAAACAAAAGAAGAAAAGUUAAAUCUGUCUGGUAAGAAGAAAAAUGAAUUGGAGAGACUUGGCAUGGGGUUUGGCAGUAACAGAAGUGGUAUUUCUCACUCAGUCACCUCAGAUAUGCAAACAAUAGAGCAAGAAACACCAGCAAUUGCAAAGACGAAGAAAAAGUACACUGAUGAAGUAGAAGACUCAUAUUUCUCUUCUAGUUCAAGGUACUAUGAUUGUUCAGAUUUGAGGAGCGGUACUUUCUCUAAAUGGGAUGACAGUACAGAUUCUUUUUGGAAGAAAGAAAAUAACAGUAAAGAUGUUGAUGUAAUGUUAACUUCAAAAAGUACAGGAUUUUCAGACAGGCCAACGUCUCGUCGUAAGCCUGAAUGUGAACUGUCUUUAAACACAGAUGAGGCACAAAAAAAGUUUGGCAAUGUAAAAGCAAUUUCAUCAGAUAUGUAUUUUGGAAGGCAAGAUCAUGAUGAUUAUGAAGCAAGGGCUCGACUAGAAAGGCUUUCUGGAAGCUCCUCUAUAAGUUCAGCUGACUUGUUUGAAGAUCAGAAAAAACAACCAGCAGGAAGCUACAAUAUUACAAACGUCUUGCCUUCAGCUCCUGACAUAGCUCAGUUUAAACAAGGAGUGAAAUCAGUGGCUGGAAAACUUUCUGUACUUGCUAAUGGGGUCAUGACAUCUAUACAGGAUCGAUAUGGUUCAUAACAUCUUUUGUAUCAACGUAAUUAAGUACACUAAAGAAAGAUUUCUCUUCAGAUAUAGAAGAAAUCACACUGCUGAUUCAAGUGAUGGUUGCCUUAAGACUGUUGAUGUUUUUACCUGUUCCAGCAUAUUUGUUUCCUUGUGCAACUUUCUGGCUCAGAGGCCUCUUCUUACUGCUAUUUCACCUUUACAGAGCAGAAAUCUUGUAGCAACUUGUUACAUUGCAUAUGCUUUUUCUAUCCUCUCCCCCUACUCCUUUAGAGUUUUCUGUUUCUUAAUGAUGUUAAUGUUAGAUAUUGGAAGCUUUUAUUUUAUUACUGGUUUUAGCUGUAAGACAGGAAAGAGAAAGAAAGAUGAACAUGUACAUUUGAAGUGAGGCUUCCUAAUAGAAACCUCAGUGCGAUUGCAUCCUUACUCACCAGAUGUAACUUGUCUUCUGUCUGUCUUGCAAGCUGUGGAGAAGAAAAUCUAAAUUAAGCAUAUGCUGAGGUAGUAUUUAGUGGACUGUAGCAAAAUGUUUAAUUAAGUUAAACCUGCGUGUAUCAGAAAGUAGAAGCUCUUGCAGUCAUAAAUUGGUGUUCAUUAAAAUGAUGGGGGAUUACUGUUUUAAAACAAUAUUCCUGUUAAAAAGUGGUAUGCUUAGAUGUGAGGUAUGGGCAAAGACAGAUGGUAUAUAGAACAGUGGAUUUCAUCUUGUCAUGGGAACAAUCUAUUUAUUCUUAGUUUUGAAAGUUACAAAAACCUGCAAUAUAGAAUCCUUAAGUGCUUUUUAAAAAUCUGUAUUGUGUACGAAUUGAAAAAAAAAAAGAAAUAUAUAAAGGGCCUAACAAAGUAGUUCAUUAAUUUGUUAAUAACGUUUAGAACAGUCUUAUUAGUUUUUUGAUCAAUUAUGAACUAUUGAAUGAUUAAAUAGUGCGGCUGUGUUUUAGACAGUCUAGAAUUUAUUGCUGAUGACAUCCUGUGUAAAAAUUAUUUUGACCUUAAAGAAAAAAACUUCACAACCAAGAAUGAUCUCAAGCUAAUUCUGUUCUGUAACUUCAUUUCUUAAUUUCAAAUUUGUAAAUUGCUGAUAUCU